AUGGCUGUUGUUUGCCCGGACUGUCGGGAUGCUGGACAAGGACCAGAAGAAAAGGCUUCUCUCCUGCAUCGUACUCAGGAAGAAAGAAGAAAACGAGAGGAGGAAAGGCGGAGGCUGAAAAAUGCAAUAAUAAUCCAGUCAUUUGUAAGAGGGUACAGAGACAGAAAACAUCAAUACUCUAUCCAAAGAAGUGAAUUUGAUCGCUGUGCUGAUUUGGCCCAAUCUGGAGGAACCUUUUCCACUGCUAACCGAGCUAAUUUGACUCUUUUAGUUCGUCAGUUACUCUUUUUCUAUAGGCAGAAUGAGGAUUCUAAGCGUUUGGUGUGGAUGUGUCAGAAUUUAAUUAAACAGAGUUCUCAGUUUGUUAAGCAAUUGGAUGGUCCAGACAGACUUACUUGCUUAUUCCAAAUAAAAAGACUGUUGGGGCUAUGUUGCAGGCUUUUGCAAAAUUGCAAUGAUGACAGUCUGAAUGUUGCACUUCCUAUGAGAAUGCUUGAGGUAUUUUCAUCUGAGAAUACAUAUUUGCCUGUUUUACAAGAUGUCAGCUAUGUGACAUCAUUAGUUGAACAAAUUUUGCACUACAUGAUUCAAAAAGGCUACUACAAGUCGCUUUAUUUGUUAAUUAACAAUAAGCUUCCCUCGAGUAUUGAGUAUUCUGAUGUUUCUCGAGUCCCUAUUGCAAAAAUACUUCUGGAGAAUGUUCUGAAGCCAUUGCACUUUACGUAUAGCUCCUGUCCAGAAGGUGCAAGGCAGCAGAUUUUUGCAGCCUUCACAGAGGAGUUUCUGGCAGCACCUUUUACAGAUCAGAUAUUCCAUUUCAUCAUUCCAGCGCUUGCUGAUGUGCAGACCGUUUUCCCCUAUGAACUCUUUCUGAAUGCACUAUUAUUAGCAGAAAGUGGAUGUUCAAGAAGAACUGAUCAAGCUCCAUGGCUUUUCUACUUUGUGUUAACAGUUGGAGAAACGUAUUUGGGAUCCCUUUCAGAGGAAGGUCUUCUUGUAUAUUUGAGGGUACUUCAAACUUUUCUGUCUCAGCUGCCUGUGUCUGCUGCGGGUACAAAUUGUCAAGAUGCAAACAGUGAUUCUGAAGAUGAGGAUGAAGAGAUCAGUAAAAUGACAACUACACCAGGCGAUGGGAGAAUAUCGGUUCAGUAUGUAACUGAGGAGUGUCUGAAGAAGCUGGAUACAAAGCAGCAGACAAACACUCUACUGAAUAUGGUUUGGAGAGAUUCAGCUAGCGAAGAGGUCUUUACCUUGAUGGCAUCAAUCUGCCACACACUAAUGGUACAACACCGAAUGAUGGUGCCAAAAGUCAGGCUUCUUUAUAGUUUAGCCUUUAAUGCCAGAUUCCUGAGGCAUCUUUGGUAUUUGAUAUCUUCAAUGACUACACGAAUGAUUACAGGGUCUAUGGUGCCACUCCUUCAAGUGAUUUCAAGAGGCUCUCCAAUGUCUUUAGAAGACUCCAGUCGAAUUAUCCCUCUCUUCUACCUUUUUAGUUCUUUGUUUAGUCAUUCACUUAUUUCUAUUCAUGAUAAUGAGUUCUUUGGUGACCCAAUAGAAGUUGUAGGUCAAAGACAAUCAUCAAUGAUGCCUUUUACACUAGAAGAACUUGUAAUAUUAUCACGCUGCCUUCGAGACGCAUGUUUAGGAAUCAUAAAGUUGGCUUACCCAGAAACAAAACCAGAAGUUCGUGAGGAAUAUAUUGCAGCGUUUAGAAGUGUUGGAGUAACAAAAAACACAGAAAUGCAGCAAUGUAUACAGACAGAGCAAAAGAGAUGGAUUCAGUUAUUCAAGGUCAUCACAAACUUGGUGAAAAUGUUGAAAUCUAGAGAUACAAGGAGGAAUUUCUGCCCACCAAAUCACUGGCUCUCAGAACAAGAAAACAUUAAAGCGGAUAAGGUUACACAGCUGUAUGUGCCAUCUGCUAGACAUGUCUGGAGAGUCAGAAGAAUGGGAAGAAUAGGACCAUUGCAGUCUACUUUGGAUGUGGGUUUGGAACCAGCACCGCUUUCUGUAUCUGAAGAACGACAACUUGCAAUUCUGACAGAGCUACCUUUUGUAGUUCCUUUUGAAGAAAGAGUAAAGAUUUUUCAAAGGCUGAUUUAUGCUGAUAAACAAGAAGUUCAAGGAGAUGGACCGUUUUUGGAUGGAAUUAAUGUCACUAUCAGAAGAAAUUACAUUUAUGAAGAUGCUUAUGAUAAACUUUCUCCUGAAAAUGAACCUGACCUAAAAAAACGCAUUCGUGUUCACUUACUUAAUGCACAUGGUCUUGAUGAAGCUGGUAUUGAUGGUGGUGGAAUUUUCAGAGAAUUUCUGAAUGAACUACUUAAAUCAGGAUUUAACCCUAACCAGGGAUUUUUUAAGACCACCAAUGAGGGACUUCUUUACCCGAACCCUGCUGCACAGAUGCUUGUAGGAGAUUCUUAUGCCCGACAUUACUACUUCCUUGGAAGAAUGCUUGGAAAGGUUGAGUUGAGUGAAGCCACUCUGCUUACGGUGAUUUUUAACCUGGAGCUUCCUGGAAUUCGACUGUAG